AGGUUCAGAUUAGAACGGUUGUUGGACUUUGCGUCUGCGGAACCAAACGUGCUGAAGCCGCCGAGAAGAGAAACCCUCUUCUCUCUUACUGAUACUGUCAAUUCAUUAGGAAGGAAGGAUGCUAUUGCUUGGUUGCUCUGACUCUGAGUAAAGAAAACUGAGCAGCUACCUACAAACAAUACGAUAAAGAAUGAUGCGGAACAAAAAGAAAGCCGGCGUCCUCAAACCGACCGAUUCCGCCUGCAUUCCUCACGAUCAGCGUACCAUUGAAGGGGAAUCUCUGGCCGUCUUCCUCACAUCAAUCCGCCGGGGGAUAGAGUCGGCCAAGAAAGAGUUUGAAGGGAACUCGCUUCCUCAGAAAUUCUGGUUCAAGCAACAAUUUGCGAUUGGGGUGAACGAAGUGACCAGGGUACUGGAACGCAUGUCACCAGCGGAGACGGUGCCCUCUGCUUUUCCUGGUUCGCAGAAUCCUAAAGCGCCUUGUGUUCAGCUUCAGGCUGUGCUGGUGGCUUCAGAUUGCAACCCCAAAUGGCUAACCAAGCAUCUUCCAAGCUUGGCUUUGUCGAGGAAAGUGCCAUUGAUCUUCAUCAAAUGUGAUAAAAAGGGCGGUGGCUCCUUGAGACUGGGUGAAUUGGUUAAUCUCAAAACAGCCAUUGCGGUUGGAGUCAGAGCUAAGGGGAAUGCUGUGAAUCAGUGCAUGGAGCCAAUUCUUCCCAGCAGCCGCAGCAAUGGAAUCAGCAACAAAGCAUAGUCACUGAUAAUGCACUCUGCAUUAAUGGACCAAUGAAGGCGUGGAUUCCUACAAAAUCUGGAAUCCUUUGGUUUGUUGUAAUAUUAAAGCUAUUGCAAACUUUUUGGUGGGCUUUAUAUUAAACCUACUACAACAAGUUGCUGCAACUCUGCUCCUCUCUACACCUGAAUUGGAAGCUCCUGCAAUAGUUGUGGAGCCUGGCCUCAAGCAGUUGAUGUAUUGGUGGCACCAACUGGAUCUUUGCUCGACCAUUCUUCACGAGGUUGUUUGUUCCUUCUUUGCCCCAUCUUUCUUCACCAGCACUGGCUGCAACUGCAAAGUUUGGAUUUCCCUAAACAAAAUGCGUAUGGAAGUGCGUUAGCAAUCAACAAGGAAUUAGGCUUUCCUAAACAAGGACCUCUAAUUAGGGUUGGAUUCUAAACCUGGUAUGUAGAAUAGGCUUGGGAUACAGUGAGUAACCACUGGUUACUGAUCUGUAAAUAACUCACCCGGAGCCGUUGAUCUAGGACGGAGCGAUCAUGUGGCUGGGAUUGAUGCGGGGUGAUGAGGGGUAUUUCUGUCCGCUUUUUGAAUUUUUAAUUGUUUCCUUUUUUUAAUUUGUUCAACAUUUAUUAGUUUGCUUUGCAUGGAGGAGAGAGAGUUAGUG